CUUGUACCUCGUCCACGAUCGUCUCAGUCUUUCCAAGGAUUCCUCACAUCGCCGUUGUUCUCUCCGUUUUUAUUCUCAAACAAAUUUUAUAUUUUCAUCUCCUUUUCGUGUAAAAUUCAAGAUUAUUUAUCAUGGCUCUCGGAAGUUCGAAACUUUUGGCUUUUCUCAUCGGAACUGUAUCGAUGGGAAUCGUCAUCUGUGUACCAAAAUACGACAUGGCAGGUUUCGUGCCGAGUACUUCGAUCGAUUACAUAGAGAAGCCAAGCAAUCUUCAUCGCGAUCAGGUUGCUAUGCCUUCUCACAGUCAAGCGCAAUUGCGAAGCGAGGCUAACUCUUCGAAUGCCAGGAGAUCCGGUAAUCCGGACAAUCGCAACGAUAAUCCCGAUCGUCUACAGGAGCCCAGAUUCGGAUUCACCAAUAUUGGCAGCACCGGCACUGGUUACGGGGUUUCGAAUUACGCCCCGGCUAAAAUAGAUCUGGGAGGACUUAUCCUCGGUGCUGUCAUUGGUGUCGGAACGAUUCUCGUAAUUCCAAAGUUGCUCUACGUUCUGUCCGGAUCGUACGGAGCAUAUGCCAGAAGUGACGAGGGUGGAUUUGCGAAUACAAUGACGAAAUUGGACGACGCGUUGGCCCGUCAUGGAAUCGAUACGACCUCUUGUAUGCAAAGAGCGGUUUGCACUUACGCGAAAAAAGCAGCCGAAACGAUGCGGGAGGCAAACGAUAUUACGGACGAGGAAAAAGUAUCCUCGUUCGAUCGGAUGAUCGAGACUUUAACGACGAAUCAAGUAUUCCGUACGGCGAUGCGCGGCACGGCCAUCCAAGAAGCGGUCGAGGCAGGACGCCGUGGAGAAAAUUGUACAAGAACUUAUCGUCACUGUGGUUUUUCCCUCGAAACAAUUCUCAGCUUAAUUUCCAAUCUGAUGUCAAGUGUAACGUCCUCGAGGUCCUCCCACGAAACUAUUCCAACAGCGACGGCUCUGUAAUAUAUUAAAAUAUUCCCGCAGAGUCAAUUUUAUCAUUAGGUUUUUCUUCUGCUUCUCUCUUUUUUCUAUCUCAUUCCACAAAGCCAUUCAUUAUAAUGAUUCAUAAUUAUUUCUAUGAAUAUAGCGUUGCGGUAUACAAUGUUUGUGUUGAAACGAUAUAAAAACAGUAUAUAUAUCUAUAUUUAUUGUACAAAGAUAAUACACGUAUGUACAAACUCUAAACUUCACCGCGAGGAGCGGUGUCUCCAUAGUGAACUGGACAAAAGAAACACUUUUAAUUCGCACACUCUGAGAGACGCGCAAACGAGAGGCCAGCGAUUUAGAAAUUAUAUAUAUAUAUAUUUAUAUACAUUUUUUCAAUUAAUCGGUACACGAGUAUAAUACAAUAAUUUACGUAUUUACAUACUCCUCACUCUUGUUGUACUAACACCGCUGAAAUUACAUUUCACGCGUUCUCAACACAUUGUUACAGCAUUUCGUCAAUAAAUCAGUUUAUAUCACUAA